AUGUCUGAUGUUUCUUUUGAAGAUAAAAUCUCAAAUACUUCUGCUGCUACUGCUCCUUCUCAAUACUAUCAUAAUCACGACCAUACUCAUGAAGACCUUGACCACCCUGGAAUUUAUGAUGAACGUCCAAAAGCUCAAUAUCAAAACCGUGAUUUUAUUAUAUUUAUUAUUUAUAAAUAUAUCCCUGCUGGGUCUGGUAAAACUGCCGUGAUGCUUGCUUUAUGUCAACGUUUACGCGACACUUAUUCCACUGCUGCUGUGACUAAUGAUAUUUUCACUAAAGAAGAUACUGAAUUCCUAGUACGAAACAAGGCUCUACCUGAGGAACGUAUAUUGAAACUGGUGGAUGUUCUCAUGCUGGAAGAUGUAUCUGCCAAUAUGAAUGCUCUUGAGAUCUUGCAUGCCAAGUUUAAUACACAAUUAUUGUUGAUUGAAUCCGGUGGGGAUAACCUUGCUGCCAAUUACAGAUAUAUUUAUUUUUUUGUGGCCGAUCAUAUUAUCUAUGUGAUCGAUGUAGCUGGUGGAGAUAAAGUACCUCGAAAAGGUGGACCUGGUAUUACUCAGAGUAAUCUACUAGUAGUGAACAAGACCGAUUUGGCCGAAAUUGUUGGUGCCGACUUGAAUGUUAUGGCAAGAGAUGCUAAAAAUAUGCGUGGAAAUGGCCCUACUGUGUUUGCGCAAGUGAAGAAUGGUGUUGGUAUGGAUGAAAACAUUAGUCUUAUCAUCGGUGAAUGGAGAGCAAGUGGUGCUGCAAAAGAAUGA